UUAAUACCAAUUAGCGAUGAAUAACAGUCCUUUGCAACUUUGAGCAGUCAGCAGACAAAUUGGGUGUCUUUCUCUUUCUUCUUCUAGAUCUGAACACCAAAUUUAUUGUCUCCCCAAUCUCAUUUUCUCUCAAAUCUCUGAGAUAUACUCCCUAAACUUGGACUUCACACAUUAAUAAUUUCCAUAAAUACAUACUGAGUAUUCCAUAUACAUAUUUAUAUGGUUGAAAAUCUAUUCUCAGAAACCUUGUUGCGCAUGUUCUCAGUUCUAUUGAGCAUUUUCUCUACUGGGAUUUAAUUAAUUUUUUUGGAUCAGAAUUUGGUUAUUUUUGAUUCAAUUAGGGUUUUUUUUUCGUGGGUAUUUUUCAAAUUUUCUUAUUAAGCUUGAACAAUGGCGGCUGCUUCUGUUUCUGCCUUUGAGGUUGGUUCAUACUUUAUUAGUCAAUAUUAUCGAGUGCUUCAAGAAACACCAGAGUUUACUCAUCAGUUUUACAAUGAUUUAAGCACCUUGACUCGAGAUGAUGGUAAUGAUAGUCAAACUGUUUCCAACAUAAUGGAGAUCCAUCAAGUACUCACCUCGCUGAAUGUUAGUGGACUGGAAGUGACGAAGUUAAAUUGUCAAGAUUCCAUGAAUGGUGGCAUUCUGCUCAUUGUGCAAGGUGUUAUGAGGUCCAGAAACUUCAGUGGCAAAAGGAGGUUCACACAGUCCUUCUUUCUAGCUCCUCAGGAGAAGGGUUAUUAUGUCCUCAAUGAUAUUCUUCUGUUCAACGAGGAAGUCUUUCUUAACCAACAUCCUGUACCAGAAAUACCUGAUAUCAAGGUUGAUCCCGAAAUUUCUGCAUCUAGUCCUCGCUUAGAGCAGCCAGUGUCUAAUUAUGAACUGGAGGAAGAGAGUAGGGAGUAUGUGAAUUCAAUUCACAUUGAAGAAGAUAAUCCUGUUGACAAAUAUAGCCUUCUUGAUGAAGAACAACUUGAAGAACCUCAUUUAGAAACCGUUGUUAAAGAAGCCCCUAUUGAAGAACCUGCUGCUCCAAUUGAGAAUACUGUCAACCAUAUGGUCUAUGUGGAAGAUCCCUUACCUGUUCCAGCUGAUGAGCCUGUUGGAGAGCCACCCAAACUAUCAUAUGCUUCCAUUUUACGGGCUUCAAAAGGGCUGCCUUCACAAAGAGUUGUUUCUCUACCAAAUUUAAGGCAGAGUGUAACUCCUCCAGUAGAGCAGCAUCAAAUGGUGCAAGCAAAUGCUUCAGAAUCAAACCCAUCAGCAUCAUCAUUUGUUCCUGACAACGCUAAUGCUGGGGCAGAUGAAGGUUUCGUUCAAGAAGAUGGUGAACUGACAUCUGUCUAUGUGAGAAGCUUACCCUCAAAUGUUACAACUGCUGAUCUUGAGAAGGAGUUUAAAAAGUAUGGUAGAAUCAAACCUAACGGAGUAUUCAUUAGGAAUAAAAGGGAAAUCGGUGUUUGCUUUGCUUUCGUUGAAUUUGAAGACAUGUCUGGAGUUCAAAAUGCCAUCAAGAGUUCUCCCAUAGAGUUGCUUGGUAGACAAGUUUACAUUGAAGAGAGGAGACCAAGCAGCAACCACAGUGCCCGUGGCGGAGUCGUAGCAAGAGGCAGAGGCCGAGGUAGCUACCAAAAUAACACGACAAGGGGACGUGGCGGGAUGAGAAACCCAAGUCGAAGUUUUUCUGACAACAACGACUACGAUAAGAUUAGAUGCGAUGGCUACUAGCAGCGUACUCCCCAGUAAAGAUCAUGAAAAAGCAUUUAUCUGCAAGAUUGGGAAGAGUGAUGUGCACCGCUUCAUCAUUUGUCAUUUGCUUUACGUGUUUGCAUAUGUUUUGCUUUUAGUGAUGGAUAUUUUAGGUUUCAACCCCUUGAUCUUGGGUAUUGAAUUUUACAUACAAUAGCUUAAGCUUAUUUUCUUUCAAUUGAAGGGUGAUAUGCUGCCUCAAUCCCCAUAUGUUUUUCUUCUUUAUGGGGAUAUUUUUCUUUCUUUUUGUUUUUUUUUUUUGUUAAUUUUGUACUAAUGGCUUUGAUCUACUUUGUUUUUGAAUUUGUGGUUAUCCAAGUUUUGGUCGAUUAACUAAUGAAAUUAUUAUUCAGUUUGAUUUACAUCCAUCUCAAAUUGAUCAAGCUGAUCAGUCCUGAAUCCCGAUGUAUGAUGGUAUAAGAGUAAUAAUAA